AUGUUGUCGGAAAACGGACCCAUUUCUACCGUGCGCCUGGUACCGUACUCUCGUGAUUCCGUGUCGUGUACCUCGACGAUUGCCGUUACCGAGACCACCGAACCGCCUCCACCGAUAGCGAGCCGUCCACUUUCGCCAAGGAAGUUUUUUGAACGCCUUUACGGCCACCUCGAGGCCAAGAAGGAUGUUAGUGGGGAGACCCUCGUGUCUCCUUCCGGCGAUCUGAUCCCAAAUGAAGCGUGCACCGUCCAAACCGACCAAAUCCAUUCCAGUGAUUCCCAGCGAUCAGUGUCGGUGAACAGUUCCAUCAAUUCCAGCCUACGAUCGUCGCCGGCGUUGGACAUCGAGGAGGAUUCGUCGCGUGAUGCUAGUGUUUCGCCUCAGUGCCGUGAUCCUCGCUAUGACACGCGCUAUCAGGAGACCUCGGUUAGUGGAACACAGUAUGGAUUUCUUGGUGGGGCUCCGCAGAUAAACCAGGAGCCACACCAGCCUACGGCCAACUUGCAACAGCAGGGGAUGGCCGUUUCGUCCUUCUUCUCCACCACCGGCAGCUACGGGGCGGCAUCGUUUCGGCCGUUUUUUGGUGUUCCUCACGAGGGCACACAACUACCGGCGGGAUUGUCCGCAUUUUUGGCAAGACGCCGCAAAAAGGAAGGACGACCCAGGCGCCAACGUACGACUUUUAGCAGCGAACAGACGUUGCGGCUGGAGGUGGAGUUCCACCGGAACGAGUACAUCUCGCGCGGCAGACGAUUCGAGCUGGCGGAAGUUUUGAAGCUGUCCGAAACACAAAUCAAAAUCUGGUUCCAGAAUCGCCGCGCAAAGGACAAACGCAUUGAGAAGGCUCAGAUCGAUCAACAGUACAGAACAUUUGCUGCCGUCAACGGACUACUGACACCGUUCAGCCCACAGUUUCCCGCGUUGCAUAUGGCCACAGCAUCGCAACAACAGCAACCGCACAAUCAGCAGCAACCGCACAUACCGCACCAUCAUCAUCAUCAUCAUCAUCAACCACACCAUCCGGUUCCGCUUCCUCCGGGUGCGGCCAUUCGCAUGCCGGACAUACUGUCUCCGGAUCGAGCAAACACUGAACACUCAACAUUACUGGAUGGAGCGGUGAACGCAAACAGAUCCCCUGAAGCGUCGGUGGACGUCGGUGACUAUCGGCGAUAA